CUUCUAGAGCCUUUUAUGAGAAAAUGAGUGUAUUUUUUCUUCUUUAAUUUCACUCCUGCUCUGUCUCUCUCACAGCAACCCACUCUCUCCUUUAAAUGCACUGGCAGCUGACUCUUGACGCCUUCAUCAUUAGCAAGUCUUGCUCUACAGGAGAAAUAAAACAGGCAGAUGGAGAGAGAGAGCCAAGAAGAAGAUGGGUUGUCAACAAGCUCUCUGCUUCUCGGCAACUAUGGCGAAUCCAUGACUUCAAGUGAUCCCUCGGUCACGCCUCUCCUCGUUUUCAGCACGUUGGUUGCCCUUUGCGGGUCUUUUGUCUCCGGGUGCACUUCUGGUUAUUCAUCACCUGCCGAGUCGGGCAUAAUGGAGGAUUUAGGGCUUUCUACAGCAGCGUACUCGCUUUUUGGUUCUAUGAUAACAAUAGGAGGGAUGAUAGGAUCUUUGGUUAAUGGGCGGAUGACAGAUAUGGUGGGUCGCAGACGGACGAUGGGGAUUUCGCAAAUAUUUUGCGCUGCAGGAUGGCUUUCUAUAGCAUUGGCCAAGAAUGUUUGGUGGCUCGAUACCGGAAGGCUAUUAAAUGGAGUUGGCUUUGGGAUUCUAACUUAUGUGGUACCGGUGUACAUUGCCGAGAUAACACCCAAACAUAUCCGGGGAGCAUUCACAACAUUAAAUCACCUUUUGUUGUACUGUGGCAUUUCGUUGAUUUACUUCCUGGGAACUAUUGUGUCCUGGCGUAUCUUGGCUUUGAUAGGUGGAAUCCCCUGCGUACUUCAAGUUUUCGGUUUAUUCUUCAUCCCGGAGUCUCCUAGAUGGCUGGUAAAAGUCGGUCAAGAAAAGGAGUUCGAAGUCACAUUGCAGAGACUCCGAGGCAAAAGCAUCGACAUUUCCCAAGAAGCAGCAGAAAUUAGAGACUAUACAGAAACCUUUGAACGGCAAUCCCAAUCUAGGAUUCUCGAUUUGUUUCAACAAAGAUAUGCUCACUCCCUGAUAAUAGGAGUUGGAUUGAUGAUGCUACAACAAUUUGAAGGGGCGAAUGCGUUUAAUUAUUAUGCGAGCGCCAUAUUUAAAUCAGCUGACUUUUCAAGCAGCAUUGGUACCAGAAGCAUAGCUAUUGUCCAGAUCCCAGCAAGCGCUCUUAGUGUAAUCUUGACAGAUAAAGUUGGAAGAAGACCACUUCUAUUGGUUUCAUCAGCUGGAAUGGGCUUCAGUUGCUUUCUUCUGGGAUUCUCAUUCUUCAUGCAGGACCUGCAGUAUUGGAAGAAAGUCACUCCCAUUUUGGCCUAUGUAUGCAUUUUGGUGUAUUCCAUAACUUACUCACUAGGCAUGGCAGGGUUACCGUGGGUUAUAAUGUCUGAGGUAUUCCCAAUAAAUGUUAAAGGGUCAGCUGGAAGCGUGGUGACCUUCUCCAGGUGGUCCUGUUCUUGGAUUGUUACCUACACCUUCAACUUCAUGCUCGAAUGGAGUGCACCUGGAACCUUUCUGAUUUUCGCAUGCAUUUGUGGUUUGACUAUUGUAUUCACUGCGAAGCUAGUGCCGGAGACCAAGGGGCGAGCAUUGGAAGAAUUACAAGCAUCACUUGCCCAUAUCCUGCAUUGAUUUGUACCUUGUUGAAAUCUGAAUCGGUAGGAUCAAUGUGUUGGCAACCACAAAACGCAUUGUGAGUCAAGCUGCCCGGAGCCUUCUUGUAGGACUUUUAACUUUUUUGCGUCUAUUUGUGGCAAAAAUUGCAAUACCAGACAAGUGGCUAUGAUUUCAUGGGGCCCAACAAGGUCACUUAAGGAGUACGACCACAAGAGAAUGCGAAACAAGUAUGGUCCGAUUCCUCCAACAAUAGUUGAGGAGAUGUGAUAUUUAGGAAUUUAAGUUAUAAUUCCUAGAGUCAUAAGAGUAAUAAUAGUAUUAAAGAUUGAUGCAUUUAUUUAAGAAAAUACGUGAUGGCUCUCUACACAUUUAAUACCGUUGUCUACUAUGAUGAGUUUAAAUGAGAUUGAAUUGUUCA